ACACACACACACACACACACACACACACACACACUCCUCUUCUAACGGAAUUUCCAUCUUGGCAGAGAGACUACUCCCUUUCCUCCUCCCUCCAGGAGCACGCCCAGACACAAAUAGAGACUCAGUCAGUCGUGUCUGGAUAACUCAGAGGUGCUGCUCCAACUCUGAAGACUAUUGUUUUGGAACAUGUAAUGCAGAAAACAUUUCAUUGCAGGAUUUCAACUACAGUAAGCUGUCCUAUCAUUGAUUGACAGUGCUCUGUUUGGACUGUAAGACUCUGUCUAGAGGAGGUGUCUGCUGAAGAACUUAACAAAGUGAAAGUGGCGUUCAUCCUGCGAGCUCCAUUUAUGUGGAUGUACUUUUUCUGUGAUUGAAACUUCAGGAAGGCAUGACAGGUCAGGAGAGGAGUGAGGAGAAGAGUGAGUGUGUGUCAAUGUCUCCGAUGAUGGAGGCUGACCCUGCCCUACCUGAGAGUGAGAGGGUGUGUGUAUUUGGGACGGGGGACCUGGGGCACUCUCUGGGCCUGCGUCUGCUGCAGGCGGGGUACGGUGUGGUGUUCGGCAGCCGACAGCCCCACAGCAGCAGCCGCCUACCCCACGGAGCACAGGUCCUGGGUCAUGCUGCAGCUGCCCAGUCAGCCCAUCUGAUCUUCAUCGCUGUCCAGAGAGAACACUACGACUUCCUGGUACCACUGGCCAAUCAGCUAAAGGGAAAGGUGUUGGUGGACCUCAGUAACAACCUGAGGAAGAAUCAGUACCCAGAGGCCAACGCAGAGUACCUGCAAAGUCUGGUUCCUGGAGCUGAGGUGGUUAAAGGCUUCAACACCCUGUCUGCCUGGAGUCUGCAAAACGGACCUUCAGAUGCCAACAGACAGGUGUAUAUCUGCGGUGAAAGUGCAGAGGCCAAGCAAGCGGUGAUAGCGGUAGCCACCAAGCUGGGUUUCAGUGCCCUGGACCGGGGCUCUAUCUCAGUGGCCCGGGAGCUGGAGGACUUCCCCCUACAGCUGUUCCCCCAGUGGAGGCUCCCCCUGCGCAUCGCCAUUGGCCUCAGUGCUGCCUUCUUCUUCUACCUGCUGAUCAGAGACAUCAUCUAUGCAUACGUCACCCAGGGCAAAGACAUCUCCUUCAGAAUCAUGGUCUCACUGGCCAACAAGGUGUGUCCCAUCGUGUCUCUGAUCAUGCUGUCUCUCUGUUACCUGCCUGGUGUCCUUGCUUCCUUCCUGCAGCUCUACAGAGGCACCAAGUACAGGCGCUUCCCUGAUUGGCUGGAUCGCUGGAUGCUGUGCAGGAAACAGCUGGGUCUUCUGGCACUGGGGUUCGCCUUUCUGCACGUGCUCUAUACACUGAUCAUACCCAUACGGUACUUUGUGAGGUUCAAGGUCACUGAACGCACUGUCUCUGUGAUCAGAGAGAACAGGACCACUGAGUUUGAUACGACGACGGCCUGGCGUAGCGAUUCCUACUUAUCCCUGGGAAUUCUGGGAUUUGGCCUGUACGUCCUAUUGGGAAUCACAUCUCUUCCCUCCGUCAUUAACUCUCUCAGCUGGAGGGAGUUCAGCUUCGUACAGUCCAAGCUGGGUCACCUGACUCUGCUGUUGUGUACGGCGCACACCUACCUGUACGGCUGGAACAGAUUCCUGAGUUCCUCCACCUACAAGUGGUACACCCCACCGGGCUACAUGCUGUGUCUGGUGCUUCCCUCUGUGGUGCUGCUACUCAAGCUGCUGCUCAUCACACCCUGUGUGGACCGAACCAUCACCCGCAUACGCCAGGGCUGGGAGAGGGGGGGCAGAUCAGAGGAACCCUAAAGACAGCCAACCACUGAUACCUUAGAGGACAAACACACACACACACACACACACACACACACACACACACACACACACACACACACACACACACACACACACACACACACACACACACACACACACACACACACACACAAAAUAACACCCUCAGUAUGAUGACAGCUUUGUCUUUGAGGCAUGAACUCUUGUUUCUUUGCUAUUGUACCCUCAGAGGUUGGCUACCAUUCAAUCAUCGUUUGCCAUGUUUCUGGGAUCAAAAACCAACAAUAACAUUUCAUUGAUAUGCAGUCGUGUUUCUUUUUGUAUUACACUGUAAACAUUGUUGCAUUUUAAUACAUAUAUUUUCAACCGUACGCAAACCAGACACUAGUUUUCACUGGGUGAAACAAGUUUCACUAGUGAAAGCUCUCUCUCUCUCUCACUCUCUCAUAUCCUCUCUUACUGUACAUCCUCUCUCUUCUUUGACUGACUGUACAGUUAUCCCCAGAUGAAACACAGGUUUCAGAGACGUAUAAAGGUUUUUCAAUGUAUAUUUUGUGUCUGUCUGAUACAUCUCCAGGGGAAGGUCAGACACAUAAAAACACAUCUAUCAGUGUGA